GCGCUGAUCGCGAGCACUGGUCUCUGCUCGUGACGUGCACUCGCGGGGCGCAGUCGCGAGCAAAACGAAGCGAUGGACCGUCAGCUCUUUCCCGAAUAGCGAAGCAGCACUGCAGCAGAGCUACUUUUACAGAUAUUGUAGUGUGUGUUUGCAGGCAGUACCGCUAAAGAGAGCUGUAGUGCAGCAGAACUGCUUCAGUAGUAACACUUCACUUCCACAUCACUGCAGCAUUAAUGGUAAUGCAUGCAACGAAUCCAUCCAGACUCAAUGAUGGGUGUAAUGAUCGAAGAGAUCCUCAAGCCUACCAGUCUGUCAAAUAUCAGUCAAAGAGUCACUCGUCAAAUGACCAUCGCCAUGACAAGAUGCGAGAUUCGUCAGACUCCACACCACCAACUAAAAUGCUGCGGCGAUCAGACAGUCCAGACAACAAGCACAGUGACGGAACAGGGCACAGCCAAACGAAAGCACUCCACGUUCACCGGACCCGUGAGAGGGACAGCGGUGUCAGUUCUUCUCCACAAGAAAACUCCCAUCAUGCAUCCAGUUCUCACCCUCAUCCAAACAGAACUUCAGAGAUGCCCCGCGAGCCAGCAGAUGAUUGGUCAGAGCAUAUCAGUUCGUCUGGCAAGAAAUACUAUUAUAACUGUAGGACAGAGGUCUCUCAGUGGGAGAAACCUAAAGAAUGGUUGGAGAGAGAACAAAGGCAGAGAGAAGGUGCCAAGACUAUGGUUAACAGCUUUCCCAAAGACAGAGACUACAGACAAGAGGCGAUGCAGGCCAGUGCCACAAGUGCCCUCAGUAGUUCAAAAUCUACUUUAGCGGAGAAGCCAUUGUCAAACUCUGGUUAUUCUCAGCCUUUGUCCAUAAACCCCUCCAGCACGCCCAGCUCCUCCUCGUCCUCCAAAGUGCCUGUGUCUCCUGCCCUGCAAGCUUCAACCUCCACUCUGCUUCAGGACCCAGCACUCCUCGGACAGCUGCUGCCUGCGCUCCAGGCCACCCUGCAGAUGAACCACGGCAAUGUAGACAUGGGCAAAAUUAAUGAAGGUAAUGGCUGCGCAGUGUUUCCCAUAGGAUUUUGUGAGAUUAUGACAGCUCAACAGUCCGGUCAGUCACCCAUGUCAUUAGCAUCAGAUGCCUCUUCACCGAGGUCAUACGUGUCUCCCAGAGUCAGCACACCUCAGACCAAUGCUGUCUCUAAACCCCUGCUCAGCUCUGCAUCUCUUUCUUCGCAACCAAAGGUCAGCGCAUCAAUUCAAAGACAAGGAUCAACUUCCCAGCAGUCUGUCAGCUCUGACAAACCUCUGGAAUUCAGUGAUCCCCGUCUUCACAGGCAAAUCAGUCAAGAGGGCUUGUCGGGCUCUAAUGGCAGUGCGGGCAUCAGCAUUCCCGCCUCAGGCAGCACCUCUCGAACCCAAAGCACUUUCACUCCUUCUCUAGCAUUGCACUUUGAUGAAAAUCUCAUCAAGCAUGUUCAAGGCUGGCCUGCAGAACAUGUGGAGAAGCAGGUGUCACGGUUAAGUGAGGAUAUCCACAACAUGGGAACCCUCUACAUGUCAGAGAUCUGCACCGAACUUAAGAACCUUCGCUCUUUAGUGCGAGUAUGUGAAAUCCAGGCCACAUUGAGAGAGCAAAGGAUUCUGUUUCUGAGACAGCAGAUCAAAGAACUUGACAAACUGAAAAAUCAGAAUUCCUUCAUGGUUUGAGAGAUGGCUGUGGAGCUCAUGGCAGUCUCUCUCCAAACAUGUCCAGCCCCUGGUUGUUUGGACCCCUGCUCUCAGCCCGAGCUCUCAGAUUCGCAGUCGAACUGUAGGCUGCAAUGCCUGAAAUGGGACAGAGAGAAAGGAAGCUUCCAAAAGUGCUUAUCAAGGCAACACAAGGCCCUGAGAUCGUAGAUUAAUUUCACAGUCCUUUGACGUACAUCGCUUCUCUAUUCUCAGAUCCACAGGCCAUUAGAGCGAGAUAUUCAGAGAGCGCUCUCCAACACAGACUAACCUUUGAGUCAUCAUGCAGUGGAUCUGGUGAUUCAUGUGCUGGUUUUUCAGGGUUACGCCUGUGUUAACGGAUCAUAAAGUUCACUGUCACACUGGAGACCUAAUAUCCCCUUAUCCUCCAGUGACUGACAGUGAUUAUGAAUGAUGUCAGAAGGGCUAUCUGUGCACAAGGACGCUUCCAGCUGCACUGGCAUUUCUCAAAGUGACCAACUAAAAUAAGCCCAAUAUACUUCUGAGUGCUCAUUCUCAAAAAAUAGGCCUGACUGGCUGAUUCUCUACCCCUCAGAAAGAUUACAUAGGACGCAAAAGUGAUCUUUCUGAAUUGGUGACGUGGCACUUAAAAGCUUUUGCCGAAGCGGUAGAUGCACAUUUUUUUAAGUUUCUGACCCUGAUAUAGGGGUCGUCACUAUCUGCCUUCGAUGUUCCUUGUUCUUUGCAGUGCUGUUACACAUCUAACAGAGAUUACUUUUCAUGAUGCACCCCAGCACUGUUUGACACUUUUUUUUUUUGUAUUAAUGUUGCUUUGAUUUGUUUGUAUUUGCUCAGUUGUUCUUUACUCGUAGAAUUGAGUUUAGUCAUUCCCAUAUUGCCCGAAUUAGGAGGAUGCAAUGAGAGAACUCCAUAUUUUAUACAGCUGUGGCUGCACAUCACAAAUGCAUCCUUCAUGGACAAAAGA